CAAUUAACAAAAAAGACAAAGACAUUUAUCAUUAUAACAAAGUACCAAAUUAUGAGUAUCCUGAUCCCAAUGGUGAUUAUGCCCUUCUCAAUGAAGAGAGUAUUGUUGACUUUGAAAUGAUGUAUUUGAACCUGGAACACCAAAGACUAACACAACUACUGUAA